AUGCGAAAGAUACCUGAGUUUCCAGCAUUAAGUAUCAUCCUAUUCUACACAUUUGUGAGCCAGGAGGUGGUGUCCAUACCUUUCCCCACAGAUGAGCUUGGCCAGCGUAUCUCUGUGACCGAGCGCAUCGCUACCCAGUGUGGGUUCACCCAUGGGAUUGACCUAUAUGGAAACCCAGAGAUCCGUAUCUCGUUCCUGGCUUGUUCCAUCCGCAAUGUGUUUGACCAGGAUUUCAGCCUCCAGCUCCAGGUGGAAGUAACCAGCCUUGAUAACCUAACUGCUGCUUAUGAAGUAUCCAUGAAUUGUCCCCUUGGUGCCCCAUGGAGUCCUCGUGAGAUUGUAUGUGAGGAAAAUUACAUGGAGGUCUCUGUCCGGCGGGCAGUCCCAGGAAUAGCAGGCGAGGCCUUGAAUGAAGAUUGGAUUGCAGCGUGGCCUGUGGCCCAGGGGGCUAUGAACCAAGUGUGGCAAGUGGUCUUCCAUUUCCAGAAUGGCUCCCUGCAGGACAUGAUGGCCACCCAGGCUCAUGCCUUGGGCUAUGGCUUUAAUACCACGGCUACUCGUGUCCUCUUCCGCACCCCUUAUACCACGCAGCAAACUGAAGUGGCUAUGGUGCAGGGCUUGGAAGUGGAGGUGGCCCGAGCCACGGUCUUCUAUAAACAGGCCUGGAUGAUCCUAAUGGUGGAUACUGCUGUUGCAUGCCCUGUCAACCCUCCCACUUUCACCGCCACCACGUUUCGCUGGACCACUCCACGGAUCAUGCCCUCACUGGUGGCAUUCCCCCAUCAGUAUGAAGAUGAAUCCGUUGAAAUGGGUGUGGAUGGGCGCAGAAUUGAUAGGACCACAAUUGUGCAGAACGGAUACAUCUUUUUGACGGAUGCCAACUUCAUCAGCAUCACAGUACCAAUUGGAGCUGCAGGAGGACUCACUGAGAGUGAUGUGAUCAGCAAUCAUUAUGGUACCACCUAUAGCAUCAAACUCCUUUUGGACCGCAGAUGGCGAGGAGAUGAAAGUGACCAGACUCGUCAUCGCAUUUUAAAGUCUAUCCUCACACCUUUUGCCCCUCAGGUGCCGGUGCUUAUCAACAACACAGUUCCAGAGAGAGGCUACUUUGACGUCAGCCUAGGGAACUUCCUACCUGAUGUGGAAGUGACUGCGGUUGCCAUAGGUGGCAAACCCUUAACGCCACCGGCACUCGAGGGACAUGGCUGCAGCCUGGAGGAAGUCCUCAACCCCAACAACACCCGAGUCUUCAUUCUCAAGGUCCCUUUCUCCAACCCUCUGGUGGAACAGAAGUAUCUGUAUGGCAACAUCAGGAGAUACACUUUACACCUUGAAUACAUCUUUUUCCUGCCCCCGAAGGGCAAGUCAUUUACCCAUCCUGGAGUGAUUGAAUGCGAAGUCCCUGAUGUUGUUCUUCCAGUGUUUGAGGGCUUUUGCGAGGCAGGACAGAUUGGCUUGGUGAUGACCCGCGGGAAUUUGGAUCGCUACUGGAUUCCUUACGUGGGUAGCCUUCAGCUGACAAACGAACUAGCAGUAUCCCAGAACUACACCGUUCAAGAUGAUGGCAGCUACUUCUACCUAUUGGUGCCAUUCUUGGCUACUGGCUUGGUGUACGAGGAUAUCUCUCUCCACGGAGUUACUGCUCGGCUAGAUUUCAGCCUGCGGGAUAACAAGACACUGCUGGCAAUGGUGGAUUUCUCCAGGUCUUGUAUCUUCCCCACUGGAAAACUUCUUGUAUGCCUUUCCAAUGGAACCAUGACUGCUACCAUGCUCAGCUUAGACACCAAACCAGAGUUAAACCCCAGGAGAACCCAUCUACGGGAUAAGAACUGUAGGCCGGUAGCAGCUGAUGAAACCAAGGCCCUCUUUACUUUCCCUGUGGCCACCUGUGGUACCACCAGAACAUUUGACGGGAACUACUUGGUGUAUGAAAACGAAGUGAUCUUCGAGAGGGAGAUGAUUCCUGAAGCAAAUCCUAUCAUUACCAGGGAUCCUCAGUACAGACUGACCCUGCGCUGCCGUUACCGGCUGAAUGAGACCCUUCGAGUAUGGGCACAACGGUUACUGAAGGAAUGGGUGGCCCCUGGGCCCUACCCCCAUGGUCUCAGAGCAUACCAGCAAAAGAGAGCUGCACAUGGACAGACCGUCUCCCAGCUAGCAGGUGGCGCUUCAACAGAUGCAAAGGGGAAGACAUGGCUUUGGUUCCUAGCUUUCGGUAUGGCUCUGUCAGGGGUAGCAGCUACAGCUGACACCAUGCUGCCUGUCCAAUUAUUUGGCUGCUGAAACAACAAU